ACAUAGAGUAUUCAUAUUUCAGACAUUCUUACACAUGUGAGACACUCUGUGCAGUUUAGUUGUACAUGGUACGUGACUCUGUGCACGAAUUCUUUGUUUACGCAUACACACUAGCCUUGCAACAGCUUUGGAGGUUGGCAGAAAUAUUUCAGCAAAAAUUCAAUUGUUAUACCACUGUCCAUUUUCUGAACGAUUUAUUUGAUUUCGUUGUUAAUAACACACAAAGAAUAUUUGUAUUGCAUCGUUUGUUUAGUUGUAUAUGAUAGUUUAAGGCUUAAGGAUUACUCGUUUCGGCAGAAUUAUACGUACCGUGAGAAGCUGUCAAUUAGCGAGGAGUUUCAUCAAAUAUGGCUGCGCUACCAAGAAGGAUUAUCAAAGAAACACAAAGACUAAUGCAAGAGCCAGUUCCUGGUAUCAGUGCUGUACCAGAUGAUACAAAUGCUAGGUAUUUUCAUGUAAUUGUAACUGGACCUGAAGAUUCACCAUUUGAAGGUGGACUUUUUAAACUUGAGUUGUUCCUACCAGAAGACUAUCCAAUGUCAGCUCCUAAAGUUAGAUUCAUUACAAAAAUUUAUCAUCCAAAUAUAGACAGAUUGGGCAGGAUUUGUUUGGAUAUUCUUAAAGAUAAAUGGAGUCCUGCUCUUCAAAUCAGAACAGUUUUAUUAUCAAUACAAGCACUCUUAAGUGCACCAAAUCCAGAUGAUCCUUUGGCAAAUGACGUCGCUGAACUCUGGAAAGUAAAUGAAAGCGAAGCAAUACGCAAUGCCAAAGAAUGGACUCGGAGAUAUGCUAUGGACAACUGAUCUUAGAUUUUCCAUGAUGCGAAGUGAUGUCACCCCUAUCUUUCCGAGUUUACCGAUCACUUUACCCGCACCAGCUGCGUACCCUGCACCUGUGUCCACAAUUUUGCUAUAAAAAUAAUAAAAGUUUUGUAAGAGUAAACAGAAUGAAACUGUAUUUUCUAUAUCGCGGGGAAUACAAAAAUGUGUUUAGAUUUCUUCAACGGUUUGUCGAACAGACUUGUCAAGAAUCUUCUAACGUUGAAAAAGUCAAUCGUAAGAAGGUUCCUAUUUCAGGAAGAAGGUAUAAUUUUAAUGAAUUGCUAGUUUUUACUUAAAAAUAUACCUUUGUAGUAAAAAUAAGUGAAUGUAGCAUGUUGCGUAAAGAUUUUUUUUUUAAAUACGAUUACAAAAUGGCUUGUGCAAUCAGUAAUUUAUAGCCUUUAUUUUGAUACCUUUAAUGUAUCCCUGAAAAAAAAAAAAAAAAAAAACAGUACUGGAUCGUUCAUUAUAUUAUACUAAUAUUACAUUUUUCCGUAUUCAAUGUCUACUAACUGGUUGUCUGAUAAUCUUAAUGUAUUUAUCAUUUCCGUGAAUGUACAAUGUUAAAUGAAAGCUCUAAUACUGAAUUUGAGAUCUACACAUAUGGCAUUUAUUUAUAAUGAACUAUUUUAAAUAAUAAGCGUACAAAAAUAUUGAAGGUAUCCGCGAAUGCGAAGUUCCAUUUUUGAAGUGUAUAGCUAUUGUAACAACAUUUCUCUAUCGCAGAUUUUUAUUUAUCAAUUUAAUGUAAGACGAAACAUUUUGAAUAUUCAUAACAAAUUUCAAUUAUUUGACCUUAAAAUUUUGAUCGUAUGAAAAAUCAUCUGUCCAAUGAUUAUGUUCAUCUAUAUUUUUACUGUGUAAAAAUACAUAUAUAUGUAUUAUAUAAUAUUAUUAUAAUUAUAUUAUAGUUAUAUUAUAAUAAUAUUAUAUAUAUGUAUAUAUUAUUACAUAUAAGACAACAUUUUCAAUCAAUUUUCUUUAUUUUUUCUUUUCUUUUUAUAAAGGUUGAAUCAGAACAAGUUGGAAACAGUUUAAAAAAUUUACUAAUGUCUAAUCAUGUACUUUUGAUGAUCUUUGAAAUUUAGUUUAGACACAAGAAUAUUUUUAAUUGCGAGCAAAUAAAAGUGCUCAUUCUUAAUGUUCUGUAAAAAUAUUAAAUUUAAAGUUAAGUAGAUUGCCUACUUUCAACAAAUAUCUAACUGUUGUUAAAACGUUGCCUUACGAGAUAUCAUGAUUUCUAGCUCAUAUAGAAGAAGCGUAGCAAAUUGGAAAGUAUCCUUUGUAAAAGGAUACUUAUUUUUGAUGAUAUUUGAAUAACGAGAGUAGUAAUUUAAAGCAUUAAAAUUUCUUGAUGUCUUAAUUGACUGUUUAUUAGUUUUAGAAUAUGAAUGGUAGAUUUUUCCCCUAAUAUCACAAUGAUAAUUACACUCCUAAUUUUGAUAUCAAGGUUUCUUUACAAUAAGAAAUUGCCUAACAUUUUAAGUAUCAGAAUAGUAAAAACUUUAUCCAUAUUUUUCUUGACACACUAGUCCAAGAAGACCUUGGCUAAUAUUAUUUUAUUAGCUAGGGCCUCACUUCUAUAUUUAAUAGCUAAUUUUUGAACUUUGCUUUCAAACAAUUGUUAACCAGCAAUUGUUUAUAACAAUAAUGGUUGUGAAUGUAAUAUACUUUGGUGUCUUUAGACUGCUUCAACAGACGUCUUUUUCUUAAUUAACUUCAAGAAAGGCGAGUUUCAUUGAUAUCAAAACAUUCUUUUAUUGUUAAUUUUAGCCAUUUCAGCCGUUGAAAAUAAAUUUAAUAUAUAAAAUAAGAUAAGAGAAGUGAGACAGACAAUAUGUUGAGAAUCUAUUUAUGUAGUUUGUUUACCGAAAAGUAUUAAUAAUUAGCAUAACAUAUAAUUAAAUGUAUUGAUUUCAUAUGUACGAAAAAAUUGUAUUAUUGAAUAGGUAUCAUUGCUAAUGCCAUUUAAUUGAUUACACGGAUAUAAAAAAAGCUGUAUAAAAGUUGAAGUAUGACAUUGUUUUCAUCCAUGCAUGAAUAUUAAAGAACUAUAAAUAGUUACAACAAACUGCUCAUAUUUGAUUUUAUGUUAAUCAGUAUUUAUUAAUAGAUCUUCAAUUUGAUCGAUCGAUAUUUACAUUAUAGAACUUAAACAACCAGUUGGUAUAUUUCUGAACAAUUGAAAAUUUGUAUUCAUUUAAUAUAUUAGUAAUAUUUGAAUAAAAGUAAUAGACAGUAAUACUUAAUUUAAAUGUGAUGAGAGGACACUGGGAUCGGUUACACGAAAAGAAAAAUAUCUGUAGAUAAUUUGCAAUAAUAAAGAGGUAAUUAUAAAUAUA